AUGGAGUAUUCUUCAAGUGAAGACGAGGAAUUGGUUGGAGAUUUUAUCGAUGCUGAGGAUAAUACAGGCACUGAGAAUAUUGACCAAGGAACUGGUGUCAUGGCUUCCCAGGUCCAUGGCGAUGAUCCCUGCACGGGAUCAAUGCCACCUGUUAUUGGAAAUGAGCUGCUGAUCGCAGCUGAUGUUGUGGGCAAAAAUGAUGAACCACGUAUGGGCAUGGAAUUCGAGUCUGAUGCCGCUGCUCGGGCAUUCUACAAUGCAUAUGCUUUAUGCUUUGGGUUUGGGAUUCGUGUUGCCCGAUCCCGUAGUGAGCGGAGAAAGGGUGUUGAGGUGCUCGUAAUGAAGCGUUUUGUGUGCUUGAAAGAGGGACAUCACAAGAAGAAGCCAGUUGAGCCUAGCAAUAAGAAAAAGAGGAAACGACUCUCUAUACGGGAUGGGUGCCCAGCGAUGAUGGAAGUGGUGCGUAGGGGCCCGGAUAAGUGGGUUAUCACGAAGCUGGUGCUGGAGCACACCCAUGUUAUUGUUAGUGCAGAUCGCGCACGGGAGGUCCAACUCCGUCGCCUCUCUGGAAAGUUUCAGGAACAUGAGAACCAAUUGCAGGAGCUGCGAAGGAAUGUGUUUGGAGAUACGAAUGCACAAGGGCUCUUUAACUACUUCAAGAAAAUGCAAUCAGAGAAUUCCAGCUUUUUCUUUUCUACACAAGUUGACAGUAAAAACUGUGUGAGCAAUGCAGUUUGGGUUGAUGCAAGAGCUAGAAUGGCAUACACAUACUUUGGGGAUGCUGUUUACUUUGACACUACUUAUAGCCGAAAUGAGAAUAUGCUGCCCUUUGCAGCUUUCACAGGAGUUAAUCACCAUGGCGACACUGUUGUUUUUGGCUGUGUCUUAAUUUUGGACAGGACAGAAUCUUCAUAUGGCUGGAUUUUUGAGACGUGGUUGACAGCAAUGGAUAAUCGGUUGCCAUUUUCCUUUACUACUGAUGAAGGUAAGGGAAUAGCAGCUGCUGUUGCAAAAGUAUUUCCUCAGUGUUUCCAUCGUCUUUGCAGAUGGCGCAUCUUGUCUAGAUGCAAGAAGAGACUGACUGAUGUCUGCACAAGAUUUCCUGGGUUACAUGAUGAGCUAAAGAGAUGUGUCAAUGGGUGUGAUACUGUGGCUGUUUUUGACAUGUUCUGGGGCUCCAUUCUUGACAAGUAUGGCCUGAGAGACGAUAAUUGGCUGCAGUCACUGUAUGAAAUAAGGGACAAAUGGGUUCCUGCAUACCUAACCAGCUCCUUCUUCGCUGAGCUGUCCUUAACUCACAGAGGAGAAACAGUCAGUAGGUUUUAUAGGAAUAACUUCAGUUCAAGAGUUUCUCUGAAUACUUUUAUAAGUAGAUUUGAUCAAUAUAUAGACAGUCUGUAUGCAAGUGAAGCCCAGAAAGACAUCACUUCUUUUUCUCCUGAACAGUUUCCGAAAACCGACACGGUCUUAGAAAAACAAGCGAGGAGUAUCUACACCAGAGCUGCAUUCGAAACAUUCCAGCUGGAAUUGGUUGAAGCAAUGCAGCAUUAUGCCGUCAAGGUUCAAGACGGAUCAUACAUGAAAUACUACGUCGAAAGAGGUGGUGAUCCUCCUACCAGGCACAUCGUUUUCUACAAUGUUGCUGAGAAGAAGGCCUGGUGCGAGUGCUGCAGGUUUGCUUUCUCGGCGAUACUGUGCAGGCAUGUCCUUAGUGUGUUCCUUGUGGCUGGUGUCAUCAUGCUGCCAGAGCCUUGCAUCACAAAGCGAUGGACAAAGAAGGCUAAGACAGGGCCUGAACUGUUUGGGCUUAAUGUUGGAAAUGGAAGUGGCAGUGCAGAUACUGUGGUUUCAAGAUAUAAUGAUCUUGUUCGUGAUGCGAUUAAGUGUGCAGAGAAGGGAGCUGUAUCAGCCGGCGCCUUCAGAGUUGCAAAGGAAGUGCUGCACAAAGCCUUCAUGGAGAUCAGGGGUCUCGGAGAGAAACUGAACAAGGAUGCUCUGCACUCUGCAUCAAGCAGAUAG